AUGGACUUCUGUCCACGGGCCCCGCGGUAUUUCGCGGUGGGAACCGAGUCGGGUGAAGUGGACCUGUUUGAUCUGAUGGUGGUGAGGGGAGAAGGAGAAGAUAACCUGGUUUUGAGACAUCUAGGACAUAGGUCCGCUGUAACCGAUCUGCAUUUUAACUCGCAAGAGUUGCUCACAGUGCUGUCUUGCUCGGACGAGAGCUCGAACGGAGGAGGCGGAACGGUGGAGAUUUGGAGACCUCACGAGCUGUUGAUGAUAGAUGUAACAAAGGACGAUAAGGAGUCGAACAAAGCGAUUAGUGAAUUAACUAGCAUGUUAAAGAAGAAAUAG